AAAAAAAUAAUAACACAUAAACUAAGAAGGAUUUAUAAUCAAUAAGGAGCAUUAAGCAAAUUUUAAGUCACAUUCAUAACUUAUUUUAAAUAGUUUCAAUUUAUUAAAUAAAAAAAAAAACAACACAAGCAUCAUGAGUACAGAACAAGAACCAGUCACAGUUGAAGCAGCAGCAGAAGAAAAGACAGAGACGAAAGAAGUCAAAGGAACAAAGCGAGCUGCCGAAGAUAAGAAACCCGAGCAAGCCAAAAAGUCGAAGAAGGACGAAAAUGGAGCCGAUGACGAGGAUGAUGUUGAGGAUGAAGGAGAUGAAGGUGAAGAUGAGGAAUAUGAGCUAAAUUACGAGGGCGAAGAAAUUGAUGGUGAAGAUGAAGAAGAGGAAGAUGGUGAUGAGGAUGGUGAAGAGGACGGCGAAGAAGAAGAGGAGGAUGACGCAUAAUCGACAAAACUUCACCUUUUGUAAAUGUGCAGUGACUGAAGAAAUCUUAAAAGAAUAAAAAAAAAUCACAAAAAAAAACACUUCAAAAAACCUAAUAUUAAAAUAAUGAUUAAAAUA